UUAAAUUUUGUCGGCUCAUAUACGGUGGGAGAACAAAUGACCGUCCAGUGCAGCGCCUACCACACGUGCCGACCGCGUCCCCCAACAUUGCGCCUGACCGUAGCGGGACAUACUGGGACACCCAAAGUCUAUCACACAGAAGUGCAUGAAGGCAAGUGGAAAAUCACCAUGGAGAUGACCUGGACAUUAGACAACGCCCACCAAACCAUCACUUGUGAAGUCAGACAUCCCUUCGGCCAGAGCGCAUCCAAAACCGUCAGCCUUAAGGGACAAUGUUCAGUGACAAAGGUCACUAUAAAUCCCAGUUCGGAGGAGUUCCUGGAAGGCGUGGAGAAGGACGUGGUCUGUUCCGUGUCCUACGCCUGCCAAGAGCAGCGUCCAGAUCUGUCUUGGAAUUAUGGAGGCAUGAAGGUCUCCAGCGAGUUUAAGAAACGAGGCAGUGGGAGCUGGGAAAGCCGGUCCACUUUGACAUUCAAGGCAGGGGCCAGCGACCACAACCAAGCCCUGAAAUGCACCGCAAGGUUCACCAAUGGGCAAACUCAAGAGGGGUACAUCACUCUGAAGGUGAAAAGGGCCAUGUUUUCCCUGGGGUGGAGCUUCUCUAUGCCCAGCCAGGUGACAGGCCUGCAGGGCUCGUGCCUGGUCAUCCCCUGCCAUUUUGAGUACUCCUCCACCCUGCCCUCUGACGUCAGUGUCAUGUGGUACAAGUACACGCCCGGGGAGUACCCGGUGGUGUACAGCCCAGCGCGCCCUGGUGAUGUCAUCAGUGACUUCAGAGGGAAAACCUCUCUGUACGGAUCUCCGAGUGACCGGAGCUGCAGCCUGAAAAUUAACCCCGUCGAGAUGAACCAUCAUAGACAGAGGCUUUACACCUGGGUGGACCCGAAGCCCAUCUCCUCCUACCACAGACAGAACUAUCAGGACAAGACCGUGGAGAUUUACGUGACUGACAGAGUGGAUAAACCAGAAAUGCAGAUUAUUGGCAUACCCAAGGUGGGAGAGCAAAUCAGCGUGCAGUGCAGUGCGUACCACACGUGUCCGGCCACGCCCCCUGAACUGAGCCUGAUUGGUUUUCCCGAGACGGGCCAGCCUCGUGAAACUCAAGCGCAAGACGUCAAGUGGAAAACCACGUUGGUGCAGACGUGGGUCAUCGUUGAAGAUCAACAGACUGUGUCUUGUCGUGUCCGGCAUCCAGGAGGCCAGGAGGCCCAGGCGGACAUCACCAUCCAGGCCGAAUGUUCAGUUGGGGAGAUCAUUACUGAUCCCGGCCCAGUGGAGUUCCUUGAAGGUGUGGUGAAGAACGUCACAUGUUCUGUCUUUUACACCUGCUCUAAACAACAGCCGGCUAUUGUGUGGAACUACAAGGACAUUCCAGCCUCCAGCAGUACUACAAAAAUGGCUGCCACUAAGUGGAAAACUGUAUCCAGUAUAAUGUUCAUUGCAUCUAUGGACGACCACGGUAAAACUCUGACCUGCACAGCUGAGUUUCCUGAUGGGAAAAGGCCAAUGGCCUCAAUCGAUUUACACGUGAAAAGGGCCAUGUUUUCCCUGGGGUGGAGCUUCUCUAUGCCCAGCCAGGUGACAGGCCUGCAGGGCUCGUGCCUGGUCAUCCCCUGCCAUUUUGAGUACUCCUCCACCCUGCCCUCUGACGUCAGUGUCAUGUGGUACAAGUACACGCAAGUACACGGGGAGUACCCGGUGGUGUACAGCCCAGCACGCCCUGGUGAUGUCAUCAGUGACUUCAGCGGGAAAACCUCUCUGUACGGAUCUCCGAGUAACCGGAGCUGCAGCCUGAAAAUUAACCCCGUCGAGAUGAACCAUCAUAGACAGAGGCUUUACACCUGGGUGGACCCGAAGCCCAUCUCCUCCUACCACAGACAGAACUAUCAGGACAAGACCGUGGAGAUUUACGUGACUGACAGAGUGGAUAAACCAGAAAUGCAAAUUAUUGGCAUACCCAAGGUGGGAGAGCAAAUCAGCAUGCAGUGCAGUGCCUACCACAUGUGUCCGGCCACGCCCCCUGAACUGAGCCUGAUUGGUUUUCCCGAGACGGGCCAGGCUCAUGAAACUCAAGCGCAAGACGUGAAGUGGAAAACCACGUUGGUGCAGACGUGGGUCAUCGUUGAAGAUCAACAGACUGUGUCUUGUCGUGUCCGGCAUCCAGGAGGCCAGGAGGCCCAGGCGGACAUCACCAUCCAGGCCGAAUGUUCAGUUGGGGAGAUCAUUACUGAUCCCGGCCCAGUGGAGUUCCUUGAAGGUGUGGUGAAGAACGUCACAUGUUCUGUCUUUUACACCUGCUCUAAACAACAGCCAGCUAUUGUGUGGAACUACAAGGACAUUCCAGCCUCCAGCAGUACUACAAAAAUGGCUGCCACUAAGUGGAAAACUGUAUCCAGUAUAAUGUUCAUUGCAUCUAUGGACGACCACGGUAAAACUCUGACCUGCACAGCUCAGUUUCCUGAUGGGAAAAGGCCAAUGACCUCAAUCGAUUUACACGUGAAAAGUACGUAUAUGGCAUACAAUUAUUAAAUAAAACAACAUAAGGCACGCAAAUACAUAACAAAAUGCUUUAUAUAAUGUUUUCUUAGAGGUGUAUGUUUGGAGAAAUGGCAAGAAAGAGCUUGAUUUUGAUUUUAAAAGAUGGAAAGUAUAUAUUUAAAAUGCACAGUGGACUUUAUCACCUCAUAGUAUACAACCCUACUAUCUCCUGAGGUAG